GGUAUGUCCACUCCGGCUUCCCAGGGGGUUCUACGGCCUGUUCUGAUUGGCUGUUUUUUUAUGGCAUGCUUCGUGGGAAUAUUCUUAAUUUACUACAAACCCCAGAUCAAGUUCCUUUCAUGCCCUACUGACCAGGCAUCCCACGAGGGGAAGGCUGGUUGUUCUCCUUGCCCUCAAGUAAGUAUGGCAGGGAACCACACAGGGCAAAAAACACACCAUGCCCAGACAGCCAUUCAGGCCGAUGAUGACGGAGACACAGACACUAUCAUUUUGAUCUGGAUGUGGCCAUUUGGUCACGCCUUUGACAUAGACUCUUGUGCCUACUUUAACAUCAAAGGCUGUCACCUAACAGUGGAUAAAAACCUUUACAGCAAGGCACACGGUGUCAUAUUCCACCAUAGAGACAUCCAUGGAGACCUGAAGAACAUGCCCCAAGAGCAACGUCCAUGGUUCCAGAAAUGGGUGUGGUGGAAUGCAGAAUCACCGGCUAACACAAACAGGAUCCCUGGUGUUGACUACUUGUUCAAUUUGACUGCGAGUUAUCGACUGGAUUCUGAUAUCAAGGUUCCAUAUGGGUCGCUUGUCGAGGUAACCAGUGAGGAUAAAAUCUUUGAGCUGCCCAAGAAGGACAAAUUAGUCUGCUGGGUAGUGAGCAACUGGAACCCAAACUACAAGAGGGUACAGGUGUUCAACGAGCUCAGUAGGCAUGUCAAAGUAGAGGCCUAUGGGAGACAUUUUAGUAGAUACCUAGAAAACGAAGACUACUCAAAGACGCUGUCCAGCUGUAAAUUCUACCUGGCAUUUGAAAACUCCAUCUACAAAGACUAUGCUACAGAGAAGCUGUUCAACGCUAUGAAGUUGGCAGCAGUGCCCGUUGUUCUAGGUCCAUCCAGGGACAACUACGAGCAAUUUAUCCCAAGGGACUCUUUCAUCCAUGUGGAUGAUUUCUCCUCUACAGAGGAGCUGGCAAAGAAGCUUCUCUUUGUCGACCAGAAUGAGGAAGAAUACAUGAGGUACUUCACCUGGCGAAAGAACUUUAAAGUUCAACAAGGGUAUUUUGGACUUGAGCACGCCUGUCGCUCAUGUGAUUACAUUCGAAGAAAUAAAGGAUACAAAAGUUUUAAUAAUCUAAAUAAAUGGUUUUGGGGCUAA